AAUUGGGCGGCACAUAAGCAUCACCCCGCGGUUCCGGGCUUAUCCGCAAGGAGACGACCCAGAUCGGCGGUGACCUGAAGCACUCGAGAACGGCGGUUUCUGGUUGCGGGAGGUAGAGUAGAGCGGGAAUAGCGGGAUAGCGAGGAGAUGUCGUCGCUGGGGACGUCGAGAGGGUUGUUGGAGAUCGGGAAGUUCGCGGUGUACGUGACCAUCCCGAUCGUUCUCACAUACGCCGUCGCCACCGACUCCAAGACCCUCCACAAGAUCAUGGGAUUCCGUCAUUAUGUGGUUUAUCCUCCUGAGGGUCCUCGGCCCCCAUCACCAGAGGAACUACGAGAGAUGGCACGAGAGAUGGCUCGCAAGAAGAACAACAAUUGAAUGAGCUGCUGUUCAACCGUGAUGGCAGUGGUAAACUUUAUAUGCUAUUAUGCAGUUGAAACUUAUAGAGGUUUAAUAGGUUAUUGAAGUUAUGAUGGGCCUUUGCUCUCGAAAAAAUGAGGGUCAUCUACUCAAUCUCUAGCCUUGAAGGUGCAACUUAUCAGCAAAGGAAUUCCUAAAACAUCUAGAAUUUUCUGUGUUGAGUACAUUCCUGUAUGUAUUAUAAAUAACUGUGAAAGACCACUUAAAUUUUUCAAAUAAAUAUUCUUAUGAAUGGCAGGGGGACUGUUGUCACA